AUGGCGUCAUCACAGAAAGUUCUCAUCGUCCUUUCGGAUGCUGACCACUUCCCCAUGAAGAAGACCUCAGGUCAAGAUGCCGGCAAGACAGUAGAUCAACCGUCAGGAUAUUUCCUCAUGGAGCUGGCCAAGCCGCUCUCCAAGCUGCUCGAGUCCGGCUACGAGGUUACCUUUGCCACGCCGGAAGGCAAGGAGCCCACGCCCGACCCGAACAGCGAGAGCCUGCUGGCGUUCGCGGGCAACUUCUACGAGCGGCGCCGCGAGAACGAGCUGGUGGAGCGCAUGAGGCGGGAGAACGGGUUCUCGCGGCCGCGCAGGUUCUCGGACAUUGCCGACUCGGAGCUCGAGGGCUUCCGCGGCGUCUUUAUCCCCGGCGGCCACGCGCCGCUGACGGACCUCGGCGACAACAGGGACCUGGGCCGCAUCCUGGCGCACUUCCACUCCCGGUCCAAGCCCACGGCCGUCAUCUGCCACGGCCCGUACGCCUUGCUGUCCACCAAGGUCUCCGAGGGCAGGUUCCUGUACUCGGGCUACAAGAUCACCAGCUGGUCCGACCAGGAGGAGAAGCUCAUGGAGACCGUGUUCGGCGGCGAGAUCCCCAAGGUCGAGGCGGCGCUGCGCGCAGAGGGCGCCGACAUGCAGGAGGGCGUCGGCGAGAAGUUGGGCUACAUCACCGUGGACAGGGAGGUCAUCAGCGGAGGAAACCCGCUCGCGGCGAAUGCGCUCGGUGACAAGUUCAUCGAGAUGAUGAAGGCAUGA